UUUCAAAUUAAAACUCUCUUUUCUUCUUCUUCUUCUUCUUUCUUUUUAAUUUCUCUUCAAUUCCCCUGUUCAUGUUUAGAAUAUGCUGAAUAUCAGCAAUGAUCAUGAUUGGCUAUCCCAAAUUGAAGACGAUACAGAAUCAGACUACUCACUCGAUUAUGAAUAUAUUGGACCAAGACAACCAAUUUAUAGAAAUGAUCAAGACGCUGACUCAGUCUGCUCUGAAUUAUCUGAUUCACCUUGUCAUAAUGGCUUCGAUAUGUGGGAUGAAGAUCCUUACAGUACAAAUGAUUUCACCUGGGAAUCCAAUGAUAUGAAAUUAACCAGUUUUAUCAAAUCAAGAAAAAAAGAGCUUGAUGCGAUCACGACGCCUUGGAAAAAGUCUAGUUUUUAUACAAAGGAGAGAGGUUGGCCAAGACAGUUACCUUAUUCUUCUUCAACUACAAAUCAUGAUCAAUCAGCUAGUUCUCUAUGCUUAACCUUAUCAGAUUAUGGUACCACCGAAAAAUUACAUGCUAUCUAUCGUGACAGGAUCAUUGAAUGUGGGACGCCUCUGGGUCAUCCUUCAUCACAUCAUUCGACAAAACAAUCGGAUUCAGUCAAUACUACUUGGCUUGAAAGUCAAGAGGAUAACCAUUCUUCUUCUUCUUCUUCAUCUUCUCAUUGUAAAUCAUCUUCAUCUAUCACUCAAGCAUCAUCUUCUUCAUCCAUCUUUUAUGAAACUCAUGCCUCCGUAUCAUUACCUCCACAGGAAGACACUUUGGCUCAGCAAAAUACUAAACAUUCAUAUCCUGUAGAUAAUAAUAACAAUAACAAUAAUAAUAACAACAACAAUAGCACUCCUUUACUAUCAAAAUUUGUUCCAUAUACUAAAUAUAUCAAACGCUCUCAGUUUUCCAUCGCCUAUCCCAAGGAUGCUUAUCUCCCUUUAUCAUUUGAACCUCUCUGUUUAGCAGAAAAGUAUGGUUAUAUGGCUAUAGGAGGUUUAGAAGGUGAAUUCGAAAUAUACUGCUGCAUGGAAGAUCAACCAAUCAAGAUAUGGGGAACCAAGUUCAAAGGAAAGAAUAAUGUCAUGCUCAUGACAAACGCUAUUCAGAUUGUGCGAUUCAAAAAGCAAAAGGAGCAUAAACACCUGCUUAUUGCCUGCAUGAAUGACGCCGGUGUACUCAUUUAUGAACUCCCUAAACACAGCGACUGCCAUCCAUUAUCACCGUCCACUGUCACUCUCCUACACCACAUCCGCUCCUUUGACCGUGUUCCGAUCAACGACGCCAGGCUGAGUCCGAACAAUGAGUACUUGAUCUGUGUGGGUGAUGAUGCAUGCAUCUUUUACCUCACACUAGCCUACAACAACCAUGAUCAACUGACCGUGACGACUCCAAAACGUAUUCUCAUUCCAGACAACGUCCUCUGCCUGUCGCAUUCACCCUAUUCCUCUCAGCAUCUCGCCUGGAGUAAGUCAUCACUCUAUUUUGCCCAUACCUCCGACACCCACAGCUUUGUACUCGUCUGGCGCACACAGCCUAAACUGGAGAUGCUCUACCGCAUUGACGCCGGAGGUUACACGUACGCCAUUCAAUUUCAUCCCGAACACGAAGGCGUUCUUGCGUUCUCGAACCGAUAUGGGUACCUUCACACCGUUGACCUGACAGAGGCUGUCUCGAUAUACAAUCCGAACCAGAUCGUCUCUAUUCACCAUUUUGAUCGUCCAUCGACUACCUCGCCCGGCCACGUCUGUACGCCCUCUUGCGUCCCAUUCGACGAUCCCAUCUACCACACAGCCGAUCUUGUGGCAAGACAAGAGAUCACCAUGGUAUCCUUUCGUGGCGAAAAGAACAGGCGGUUGAGAAUCCUCGCCAAGAUAAACGGUAUUCAAUGGUCGCACGACGGCAAGUACCUCUACAUCUCCACAAAGAAACGCGUGCUCGCUUAUCAGUUUGUCAAGUCGAUGCGUCAAGUAGACUCACUGGAAAAAAUGGCUGGUUCGAAGGUCCUCUCGAUCAUGGAGGAGCAAAGUCUUAAGAAACGGAAGCGAGCCGAAACCGAAUGGGAACAGAGUAAACGCUUGGCUUGGGCUCACCAAUGGAGUCAGGUACCAAAACAUGUUCGAGACAAGGUUUUGGCAAAAGCGACUGAUCUGGCAAGUCAUUAAACUAUUAUUUUUACAUAUUAUUGCAUGUUGUGUUUUUAAUAAUAAAGAGGGACAUAGAAAAUCAACUAAA